CCUCAACCAACACCAAUCACCAUUCUGCCUCUCCGUUAUCAUCAUCCCCAAACCCCACACAUCCCUGAAAAUCGUGAAUAAACUAGAUGAUCACCAGCAAUCUCAACAAUGGCCAGGAGAGCAAGUAAGAACUGGGCAAACGAGGAGAUCAAAGGCUUGUUGUCCAUAUGGAAAGAUAAAUCCAUCCAGGAUCAGCUGGCUGGAGCAGUGAGAAAUAAAGAUGUGUUCGUGAGGAUUUCAAACAACCUUAACGCCUUAGGGGUCAAUCGGGACUGGAAGCAAUGCCGGGCUAAAGUGAAGAACCUGAAAUACGAAUACAGGACCAUGGUGAACCAGAAGAAGUCCGGCAGGAGGUGUAAAUCCAUGCGCUUCUACAAUGAAAUUGACGCGGUGCUGGGGUGCCGAUCCCUCCAUGCUAAAGGACCGCAGGAUAGACCAGUCGUCAGUGUGGUUAUCAAACAAGAGGAGAGGGAGGAGAAAUUGGAAAAUGGCCCAGCACAGGCCUCUGCAUCCUCCGAAAAUGUCACAGCACGGUAUGUUCAACCAGCUGUUGCCCUCAGCAGAGAUGGGGAAGAAGAUAAAAUUCUGCCUGAACCACGGUCUGAAGCAGACAGUGUUACAGCAGAAACAGAAGGCCCUCUGGAAGAAGAGGUGGUUAGCACAACCAGCAGAAAAAGGACUGAAUCAGAACACGGAUGCACAGUGCCAAACAAGAGGAUUAAGCUGAAGAAAGGAACCAUGUUUCAAAGACACAUUGGCACCAUUAUUAACACCUUCAUGGACUAUCAGAGGAAAGCCGAAGAGAGGUUCUACAAAUGGGAGGAAGAGAGGCGAAGGGAAGAGCGAGAGCAUGAGCUGCGAAUUAUCCAACUAUUGCUUGAUCAUUCCAGAUCCUCAAUGAUUCAGACACCUCAGACACCAGAUUACAUAAGAUCACUGCACAGCCAGAACACCCAUGUGUUCACACCUCCUCCCUCAAACAAUUAACAUUUAGGAUUUUUUUUAAAAACAUUAAAUUAUUUGCUAUUGAUGGUGCACUGUUGUAACAGCCUAUGUUAGCCAGGAGCAAUUAAGUUGCCAUUUCCUAGAUUUGCUUCCAUUUUGCCAGCUCUUAUUCAUCCAAGUCUAACCAGGAAGAUAAAGUGGAGUGAUGGUGGAAGUGUUAUGUGAAAGAAAAUCUCCCCAGUCAUUGCACUAUGUACCAACCAAAACAGACUAGUAGGCUGCAGAUUCUAUUGACAGGUGAUACUAUGUUAACUGAACUCAAUAUUGGUGAUGUUAGAAUUGACCUGUCCAAACUUUGUGCAAGCAUGUAUGUAUGUGUGUGUAGGUGAGUGCAUAUUUGGUAAAGAAAAGUAUGGAUCUAGCAGUGAAGUCCCCUUCCCAUAGUCAAGAGGUUGGUUGUUGUCACUUCUUGUCUCAGCUCAAUGGGACUGGAAGUUGUUUGCACCUGUGGAAUUGCAUCCCAGUGAAUUGAGAGAGGAAAAAUAUUGAUUGUAAAAGUAACAAACAAUGGAAAAAUAGGUUGAUAGCAUCUGAAAAAGGAAGGUUUGGGAUACAUUUUGGGAUGGGACUUUUCCUCAGAAUCUGCUCCUUUGAUGAAAAACCUCACUUUAAAAUGUAAACCUGAGUUCUCGGAUGCAAAUUCACUUGCUACGCACGUUCACCAUUUAAUUUUUAAAAGUUCAUGUUUAGCUGCUGCUUUAGUCAGUGACACUGUGUGGUUUUAAAAUACAUUGGAGAAUCAGGACAGUUUCUAGAACUGCAAAGGAUGAUGAGGGGCACAUAUUACAGGAUUAAUAGAUGUACUGUACAAACUACCCAACUUUCUUUUAGCUGUAUGAAGAUACAUUCUUACUGGAACAUGAUGUGCUUCAAAUAGAAACAACUCAAUAUCUCAGCGAGUACUUAUACCUUGUAGUGUGUAACUGAGCCAUUUAGAAAAGCUGGGAAUUGGUGAUAUUCCAGUUUUCAUUUCCUGGUCAAUACUGAAUACACUUAAUUCAUCUGUGGUCAUUGGUGGUCAAUUUGCCUCAGUGUUAGGGUGAAAAGAUCAUUCCAGUAAUAAGCUUAUUGCUAUCGAGUGACCUCUACUGGAAAAUAUGUAUUGGGUGAGAAGAGGAUCAGGCUUAACGUUGGUAGAACCAUAGUUGAAUCCUUGGCCCAUACAAAUUAGUCCAGUCACUUGGGUGAAGAAAAAUACUGGCACCAUAUAACCAUUCUCCAGCAAGAAUCAGACAAUGGAGAAUUGUUUUCAAGAAUAUUAUUUUCUUUAAUAGUGACCAAAUUAAAUAUUUCACUGUACAAUAAUAGCAGAAUUUAAAUCUAGUCUGCAAGUACUGAUGAUGGAUAAAAAGCAUCAUGGGCUGUUAUGCUAGGUGGACAUCUUUCUUAUUUUGGGAAUAAGCAGGUAGUUUUAUAUAGACACAUUCCCUUAUAUUAGGAAGACCAUUAUGUUUUGAGCAAACAAUUUCUGGAGUAUUUUAAAAAAUACAUGAAAGUAAAGAACAAUGCACUGAAAGCAUUAUGAAGUAGUAACUGACCUAAUAAUGCAUUGCAAGAUCUAAUCUUGUAAUUUUGCAUAUAUCAUUUGAUGCUGUAUCAGUGAGCUCUUUAUCAGAAUGCUUUUAUCACUUUUCAGAAUGCUUUUAUCACUUUUUUCUGUCAAUCAAUUAAUGAAAGCAGCAAAACCAACAGUCGUAUGUUUCAUUAAAACAUGAAUCAAAUGUUUGUUCAUGCGAGCUAAUGCACGUGAUUGUUGAUAGAUUUGUUCAUAGCCACUCUCCUUGCUUACUCAGCACUGAUUUGUUUAAAUACAUUUACAUUAUAAUGUUACUCUUUACAUUUAUCACAUUAUCCUAUUUAACAGUUGUCAACGAAAGGAGAACGAUUGAGAAAAAGCACUGCAUCCCACCAAAAACAGUUUUUUUACAAAAAGGGCUUAUUCAUUUUUGAAAGUAAUAAGAUUGGGGAGGAAUGUUGACCAGAACUCCAAUUUCCUUGCCUGUCUAAACAGACUGGUAGGUCCUUGUACUUACAUCUCAGACAGCUCCUCUAAUAAUGCAACACUACAGUGUUGCCCAGAUUAUGCACACUAGAUGUAGUGGAGUUGAAUUCAUAAAGUGCCAGAAUCUUUGUUAAGCUUCCUUAAUAAACCUACACACAAGCAAUUGAUCCAUCGGGUCCUCAGUAAAAUAGCAGGUCCCUGCUUUGUUUUACAAUUCACGGCUCUGGAAAGUUGUUUGAGCAGCAAUGCAGUCACAGCAAAUGUUUUAAUAGAGGAAAAUGAAAACAUGACAUUUCCUUAUGGUUAGUUGGUUGGGAGAAUGGACUUUGAGUAAAUUGUGUAAAAGAAAUUGAGAUUAAUACAUGGUUACUUAAUCUUCAACUAUUCUUGGCUGUCAGAUUUAUUUAAAUCUAGCUGGAUAGUCAUAAUUAGAGACUCAAAAGUGAUGCAUUAAUAUUUAAUGCAAACUUAGUGAUUACUAACACAUUGAUUUUGGCCGCAUCAGUCAGGAAAUGUGGCAGCUCUGGUGUUUUUCAAAACAGAAAAUGACUAUUCUUAGCCAUACUAGGACAAUCUUCACCAAAAACUGACUCUCAGAUAUUGCUGAAUAAUAUUAAUGUGGAUGACCUGGAAAAGAAGCAUGUUAUUGAGAGCAUUUUGGAGCUUUCCAUGUCCCUUGGGCACUGCAAAGAACAGGGUUCCUAGUAGACAUAAAUAAAAACACUGAUUUAGAAAGUAAGUUUAUUUAUUUUCAAAUUAGAUUUUGUUUCAAUCAUUAUAUUAGUUUAUUUACUUAUAGAACUAUUUGUAUUUUUUUUGGCAAUACCCUUACAUUGACAAUUUUAAAAAAGGCCUCUAUUAUAAUAAACCUUUAUUAACAUCCUGUCACAAUGCCUAAACUACAGAAAGGGGCUGUAGGCAAGCUCUUUAUUAGAGGGAAAUAAGUGGAGAAAAAUUGAGAAGCACCAUCCUCGUUAAGAUUUCUUUCAUUCCUAAACCCAGUCAUGAUGGAAGGUUUAGCAGUGUAAAUAGCAAUUUAAAUAAAAAUAGUUGAAAAAACUGA